GUCUUGAUUGACUAGAGACCAACAUGUCUGGAAUGACUUAAGACUUGAUUUGGCUCCAAUAUACCAACAGACAGCUCUGUCAGGUAUUGUUCACAUUAGAUCAAACAAAUAAUAUGAUAAAAACUGAAGUAUCUUGGUGGCGUUCUCUGUCUAUUACAAUGAGAAUUCACCUACUAAUUUAUUAAGGGAAAAAGAAGAAUGAAAUAUGAAGGCCAGUCGCUCUUCCACUGCAGUCCUUGUUGAUGCUUUCAUUGUUUUCCCAGAGAGGACAUAGACACUGGUUGACUCAUGCCAGCUGCUUCUUUUGAUAUAAUAUCUAUUCACUGGGAAGGUGUUCUAGUCAUCACCUUAAACCCCUCAGACCACCAGGACUUCACCAGGGAGCGAUGAGAGUCCCCCGCUAACUUCCUGAGGACUUUUCUGACCUUUUAUUAAGUUGUAGAAAUGCAAACCUGAGCUUUGGUGAUGGCAUUUUUAUCACAAACCUGUUAAUGUUGCAGCAGACGAAUAAGCUGUGAAAAAGAAAAACUAAUUCGAGUCAUUAUGCUGCCGUCUUUACUUUUGUCAAAGAACAAAUGACUAAUGUUACCUUUAAAACUCGACAAGCAUUCAUAUUUCUGCCAGAUCUUUACGUCUAACAGAUUCCCAGAAACUAGACGGGUAUGUUAACUGAUUGACAGCAUUACUGACUGUGUGUGCAUGAGCUGCAGAGACGAGAGGUGCACAAGCAGGCCCAUGUGUCCAUGUUGGUGCGUUUAUGUUAAUUAACCCCCUGGGCAGGCCAUGGAGGCUCUCUGCCAGCUUCAAGUGAUACAAUUGUGGUAUGACGUCUGAAAAAGUGAUAGCAAACAUGUUUUAAUGCUCUGCUGCACAGCCUGUAGACCUUUGCUCCUGUUUGUCUUGUUAAAAACCCAGUGGAGAGACAUUUCAGUGGUCACUCUGUGGUGUUCAGACACUGUGAUUCAAAUUGGUCAGAGUCAUCUUUUCUAGUCUACUCCACCAACACCACCACAACCAUGACCACUUUUGACGACAUCUUACAAGAAGCUGGGGAGUUCGGCCGCUGCCAGAAGCGCAUCUUCGCCCUGCUGUGUAUGGUGUCCAUGCCCUGGGCCGGUGUGUACGUUGGUAUUGUGUUCCAGGGUUACACCCCAGAUCACUGGUGUCGGGACUCUGCGGUGGUGGACAGGAGGCAGGGGUGCGGCUGGAGCCUGGCGGACAGUCGCAGGCUGACGGUGCCUCUGGUCAACAACUCUGGAGUGCUGCAGCAAAGCAGCUGUGAGCAGUACGAGGUGAACUGGAACGCCACAUCGCUCACCUGUGAUUCACAAGAACUGGACCUCAGCAAAACUCCCACAACUGCCUGCAAAGAUGGCUGGGAGUACGACUACGAGGGAAGGCAGUCCUUUGUUACUGAGUUUGACCUGGUGUGUUCAGAUAGCUGGUUGGUGGACAUGUACCAGGCCACUCUCAACAUCGGCUUCCUGGUCGGGAGUAUCGCCAUCGGUUACCUGGCUGACAGGUUUGGCAGGAAAAUGAGCUUCCUGAUGUCCAACCUGUUGAAUGCGAUCGCAGGGAUCCUGGUGGCCGUCGCUCCAAACUACGUGUCUCUACUGGUGUUCAGAACGCUCUACGGGUUUGGAGUGAAAGGCGGCUGGGUGGCCGGAUACGUGCUGAUCACAGAGCUCGUCGGCGUGGAGUACAGACGUACAGUGGGAGUCAUUUACCAGAUGUUCUUCAGCGUCGGCAUCCUCAUCCUCCCUCUGCUCGCCUACUUCAUCACUGACUGGCGCUGGCUGCAGGUCGUCAUCACCGCCCCCUACAUCGUCUUCCUGUCCUACUAUUGGUUUAUCCCAGAAUCUCCAAGAUGGCUUCUGUCACAGAACCAGCAGGCCAAAGCGGUGGAGAUCACAGAGGCCAUGGCCAAAGAGAACAAGAUGACUCUGUCCAAGAACAUCGAGACUCUGGCAGAUGAUAACGCAGACACGUGCACCGCCUCCUUCAUGGACCUGAUCCGAACUCCAAAAAUGAGAAAACACACAUUUAUUCUCAGCUACAACUGGUUCACCAGUGCUGUGGUCUACCAGGGUUUGAUUAUGAGGCUGGGUAUUCUGGGAGGAAACGUCUACAUUGACUUCCUCAUCUCUGGCCUGUUGGAGUUCCCUGCUGCCUUCCUCAUACUUUUCACCAUUGAGCGCAUCGGCCGACGCCUUCCCUUCGCCACCGCCAACAUUGUAGCCGGAGCAGCUUGCUUCAUCACUGCCUUCAUUCCCGACAGUAUGUUCUGGUUUAAGACAGUGGUGGCCUGCAUCGGUCGGCUGGGUAUCACCAUGGCCUUUGAGAUGGUGGUGUUUGUUAACACUGAGCUCUACCCAACAUUUGUCAGGAACCUGGGAGUGUCUGUGUGCUCGACUCUGUGUGACGUCGGAGGCAUCGUAGCUCCCUUCCUGCUCUACAGGCUGGCAGUCAUUUGGCUGGAGCUGCCACUCAUCAUCUUCGGCAGUCUAGCUUUCCUGGCUGGCGGUUUGGUGUUGCUGCUUCCCGAGACCAGAGGUGUGCCGCUGCCCAACACCAUCGACGACAUCGAGUUCCCAGAAAGAGCGAAGGAGAAAACUAUGCUGAAGAGCCAGCAGAUGACCAACCUGCUGCCCAACAACGACGUAUCGACCAACAAAGAUCCAGCAACUGUUUGAUCUGUUUCUGUAACAGAAGUAUUUAUUUUUGUUGUUUAACAGUGUUGCUCGUUGUUUGUUAGAUACUUCCUUUAAAUUCUUGUUUUUGACUGUGUUGCCCAGCUGUUUCCUAUGUUUGUCUUUGACCAUUAUCACCUUCAAAUAUUGUGUUUUAGAUCAACUCUUUUUUUGUUUGUGAGUGAUGUUAGAUGAGUUAUUGAAAUGUACUGAAAUAUGUGUAUUACUAUUGGUACAGUCAGCAUAAUAUGAG